CCUUCGCAGCGCUGGGAGGAAGGCGGCCGGGGCUCAAGAUGGCUUUAGCCGGGCUCUGCGCCCUGCUCGCCUGCUGCUGGGGGCCGGCGGCGGUGCUGGCCACGGCCGCCGGCGACGCGGAUCCUUCCAAGGAGCUGGAGUGCAAGCUCAAGAGCAUCACGGUGUCGGCGCUGCCCUUCCUGCGCGAGAACGACCUGAGCAUCAUGCACAGCCCCUCGGCCUCCGAGCCCAAGCUCCUCUUCUCCGUGCGCAACGACUUCCCGGGAGAGAUGGUCGUGGUGGACGACCUGGAGAACACGGAGCUGCCCUACUUCGUGCUGGAGAUCUCAGGGAACACGGAGGACAUCCCUCUGGUGCGCUGGAGGCAGCAGUGGCUGGAGAAUGGCACUUUGCUUUUUCACAUCCACCACCAAGAUGGCGCCCCAAGCCUCCCUGGACAAGACCCGACAGAAGAACCCCAGCAUGAGUCAGCAGAAGAGGAGCUGAGGAUCCUCCACAUCUCAGUCAUGGGUGGCAUGAUUGCUCUGCUGCUGUCCAUCUUGUGCCUGGUGAUGAUCCUGUACACUCGCCGGCGCUGGUGCAAGCGCCGCCGGGUCCCCCAGCCCCAGAAGAGUGCCAGCGCCGAGGCAGCCAACGAGAUUCACUACAUCCCCUCUGUGCUGAUCGGCGGGCACGGCCGGGAGAGUCUGCGCAACGCGCGCGUUCAGGGCCACAACUCCAGCGGCACCCUGAGCAUCCGGGAGACGCCCAUCCUGGACGGCUACGAGUACGACAUCACAGACCUGCGCCACCACCUGCAGAGAGAGUGCAUGAACGGAGGGGAGGACUUCGCCAGCCAGGUCACCCGCACCCUCGACUCCCUGCAGGGCUGCAAUGAGAAGGCAGGCAUGGACCUCACGCCAGGGAGCGACAACGCCAAGCUGUCCCUGAUGAACAAGUACAAAGACAACAUCAUCGCCACCAGCCCCGUGGACGCCAACCACCAGCAGGCCUCCCUGCUCUCGCACACCUCCAGCAGCCAGAGAAAGCGCAUCAACAGCAAAGCAAGAGCCGGUUCCGCCUUCCUGAACCCUGAAGGGGACUCAAGCACAGAGGCAGAAAACGACCCCCAGCUGACCUUUUACACCGACCCCUCGCGGAGCCGAAGGCGCAGCAGAGUGGGCUCUCCCCGAAGUCCCGUGAAUAAGACCACCUUGACGCUGAUCAGCAUCACCAGCUGCGUGAUUGGCCUUGUGUGUUCCUCUCACGUCAGCUGCCCUCUUGUUGUCAAAAUCACCCUGCACGUCCCCGAGCACCUGAUCGCUGAUGGGAGCCGCUUCAUCUUGCUGGAGGGGAGCCAGCUGGACGCCAGCGACUGGCUGAACCCUGCCCAAGUGGUUCUCUUCUCUCAGCAGAACUCCAGCGGGCCCUGGGCCAUGGACCUCUGUGCCCGGCGGCUCCUGGACCCCUGUGAACACCAAUGCGACCCCGAAACUGGUAGGCGGGAGCACCGGGCAGCGGGGGAAUGCCUCUGCUAUGAAGGUUACAUGAAGGAUCCAGUCCACAAGCAUCUUUGCAUUCGGAACGAAUGGGGCACAAACCAGGGGCCUUGGCCUUACACAAUAUUUCAGCGAGGCUUUGACCUGGUUUUGGGAGAACAGCCUUCUGAUAAAAUAUUCAGAUUCACCUACACCCUUGGGGAGGGCAUGUGGUUGCCCCUCAGCAAGAGCUUUGUGAUUCCACCAGCCGAACUGGCCAUCAACCCAUCAGCGAAGUGUAAGACGGACAUGACAGUGAUGGAGGAUGCUGUGGAGGUCAGAGAGGAGCUGAUGACCUCGUCCUCCUUCGACAGUCUGGAGGGUCUCCUGGAUUCCUUUGGACCAGUGCGUGACUGCAGCAAGGACAACGGGGGCUGCAGCAAGAACUUCCGCUGCAUCUCAGAUCGCAAGCUGGACUCCACUGGCUGCGUGUGCCCAUCCGGACUCAGCCCCAUGAAGGACAGCUCCGGCUGCUAUGACCGCCACAUCGGGGUGGACUGCUCGGACGGCUUCAAUGGUGGCUGUGAACAGCUGUGUCUACAGCAGAUGGCUCCCUUCCCGGACGACCCCGCCAUGUACAACAUCCUCAUGUUCUGCGGGUGCAUCGAGGAUUACAAGCUUGGUGUGGAUGGACGCUCUUGCCAACUCAUCACGGAGACCUGCCCUGAGGGAGGUGACUGUGGGGAAAGCAGAGAGCUUCCCAUGAACCAGACUCUCUUUGGGGAGAUGUUCUUUGGUUACAACAACCAUUCUAAGGAAGUGGCUGCUGGACAGGUGCUGAAAGGAACAUUCAGGCAAAACAAUUUUGCGCGAGGUUUAGACCAGCAACUGCCAGAUGGUCUUGUGGUGGCCACUGUCCCCUUGGAGAAUCAGUGCCUGGAGGAAAUCUCAGAGCCCACCCCGGACCCUGACUUCCUGACUGGGAUGGUGAACUUCAGCGAGGUGUCCGGAUACCCCGUGCUGCAGCACUGGAAGGUCCGCUCUGUGAUGUACCACAUCAAACUCAGCCAAGUGGCCGUCUCUCAGGCCCUAAGCAAUGCUCUGCACUCCCUGGAUGGCGCUACAUCUCGUGGUGAUUUUGUAGCCUUGUUGGACCAGUUUGGCAACCAUUACAUCCAGGAAGCUGUCUAUGGCUUUGAGGAAUCCUGCUCCAUCUGGUACCCAAACAAGCAGGUCCAGCGGAGACUCUGGCUGGAAUAUGAAGACAUCAGCAAAGGCAACUCCCCAUCCGACGAGUCAGAGGAGCGGGAGAGAGACCCCAAGGUGCUGACUUUCCCGGAGUACAUCGCCAGCCUGUCAGAGUCUGGCACCAAGCGCAUGGCGGCGGGAGUCCUCAUGGAGUGCCAGAGCAGGGGGCGGUGCCCCUCGUCCUGCCCCCUGUGUCAUGUGACAUCCGGCCCCGACACCCCUGCCGAGCCGGUGCUGCUGGAGGUGACCAGAGCAGCCCCCAUCUAUGAACUGGUGACCAACAACCAGACCCAGAGGCUCUUGCUGGAGGCCACCAUGAGCUCCCUCUGGUGCUCAGGGACUGGAGACGUCAUCGAGGACUGGUGUCGAUGUGACUCCACCGCUUUCGGAGCUGACGGGCUCCCCACCUGCGCGCCUCUCCCGCAGCCCGUGCUGAGACUCUCCACGGUUCACGAGCCCAGCAGCACCCUCGUGGUCCUGGAGUGGGAGCACUCGGAGCCUCCAAUCGGGGUGCAGAUUGUAGAUUACCUCAUCCGUCAAGAAAAGGUCACUGACAGGAUGGAUCACUCCAAAGUGGAGACAGAAACGGUGCUGAGCUUUGUGGACGACAUCAUCUCAGGCGCCAAGUCUCCGUGUGCCAUGCCCUCUCAGGUCCCGGAAAAGCAGCUCACCACCAUCUCUCUGAUCAUACGAUGCCUGGAACCCGACACCAUCUACAUGUUCACCCUGUGGGGAGUGGACAACACAGGACGGCGCUCCAGGCCGAGUGACGUGAUCGUGAAGACCCCUUGUCCGGUGGUGGAUGAUGUCAAAGCCCAAGAAAUCGCAGACAAGAUCUACAACCUCUUCAAUGGCUAUACCAGUGGGAAGGAACAGCAGACCGCCUACAACACCCUUCUGGACCUGGGCUCCCCGACGCUGCAUCGGGUCCUCUACCACUAUAAUCAACACUAUGAGAGUUUUGGAGAAUUCACCUGGCGGUGCGAGGAUGAAUUAGGCCCCAGGAAGGCCGGCCUCAUCCUUUCGCAGCUCGGGGAUCUCAGCAGCUGGUGCAACGGACUCCUGCAGGAGCCCAGGAUCAGCCUGCGACGCAGCUCCCUCAGGUACCUGGGCUGCCGCUACAGUGAGAUCAAGCCCUACGGGCUUGACUGGUCAGAGCUCAGCCGGGACCUCAGGAAGACGUGCGAGGAGCAGACCCUGAGUGUCCCCUACAACGAUUACGGGGACAGCAAAGACACCUAGCGCCGCGGCGCGGCCGGAGCGCAGCUGCCCGGAGGAAGCCGGAGCGAGGAAGGGAGCCAGCGCGCCUGGGUCGGUGUGUGGCUUUUUAAUAUUUUUUAAUGGAACAUUUAAACCUCCGCAGGCAACAUCUCGAGCAGGGAGGACGUGACCCUUGCUCCCUGCAGACCUUCUUCGGUAGGACGCCCUCAGCUGCGUGGUCAGUGAGCCUCCUAGCCGGGGCUUCCCGCGUUUCUCUUUAGGGGGGUAUUUUCGGGCUUGUUUAUUUUUUGGUUAAUUUGUUUCGUUCAUUCUCGUCCGAGAGGUUCAUCAAGACGCUCAAGAGUUCUGUCAUGCGUCCCCGAAAAGGGCGGGUGCGCCUGGGCUCACGGAAUUCCCGCGUCGCCUACGCCUAUGGCGGGGCACAGACGCGGCUAGGAAGCUGCGGGGCGGCCUCGGGCCCCGCCUCCGGCUUCCUCCUGCCGGAGCAGCUCACACCGGGAGCCCCGGCUCUGCCCACAGAGAACGACAAGAAAAUCGGGAAGGCGGCUCCUGAGUGGGUCCCGUGGUGUCUCCCCAAGGCCUCUGACUGCUGUCUUCACACCCCAGAGGAGAACCAGCCCCGUUACGCACCCCAGCAGGCCCCCUGAAGUUCGAGGUCCUGCAACUCAGUCUCCCUGCGCAAGAUCGCCGACCUCUCCUCUGAACAUUCUGAUCUUUAAGAGGCAACAAAAUGCUACCUGUCAGAUGCACCCGCAGAGACCUCGACCUGGGAGUCUAACUGGCAGCCCACAUUCUAGGAAAGAAGUGUAGUUUAUUGUUUAAAAAAAAAAAAACUCCUGUGCCUCCAGGGUGAACUUCUGUAGACCCCCAGUGCACAUCACACCGCUUCCCCUGGACCGAUGAGUCUUGGCUGAUGCCUGCUCUGGUCAGGAGGGCUUGGCACCUCCACCUCAGCGUUCUGGUGAGCUGAAGUUACUGCCGACCAGAAAAAAGCCCUGUCCGUUUGCCCCUUGCCGAAUUUGCUUAAUUAUGUUGCUGGUUUGGCAGAUCAUUCAUCUCGCCUCCCAUCUGGUUGCUGGGAGCGGCGGAGAGCCUGGGCAGGCGAGCUCGGUGACCGCAGGUAAGGGCCCGGCCGUUGUGUCUGCCCCACUCCCCGAGCAACAGCACGGGCGUGAGUGGGGGCCCAGCUGGCAGGAAACCCUGCCCUUCAGAAACAGCUCUGUGCGGCCCUGCGGACCCGUGACGGCCCUAACCGCCCCUAAACACCCCCGCGGCCUGAACGCUCGCUGUCAGCCCCUCUGCCUUUGACCAGGGCUCCUCGUUUGGGAACACGACAGAAGGGUCAGGAAGGAGAUGCAGAAUCUGUAGGGCCAGUCAUUGAGCCAUACCGAUUUUUUCCUAAACAGUAGUAAUGACAGAACUCGUUUACUGAGUGCUUCCUGGGUGCCAGGCGCUCUCUGAGCGCUCUAGGUAUCGCUGAAUUCUCGCAGUGCCACCCCUGCCCCUUCCAGGGAGGUGCUCUUCUUGGUUCCAUUUCAGGGAUAAGGAAACUGAGGCAGAGAGAGGUUAUGCAACUUGCGUCCCCUCCCCCACUCUCAUUUCUUACCCCCCUGAGCUACCAUAUGAAAUCAGGCUGUCGGUUCCCCCACCCCCACCCCAAGCACGGGAUUUUAACCCCUCGCCACCCUCAGCACUGCUUUCAGCAUUGCCGGGACACGCAGCUCCUCCUUGCCCCGGCCUCCGCGGGGUAGACACGCCCACCGGGCACCCCAGCUCUGCAGCGACAGCGCCCUUAGGGACCAGGGGGUCUGGGGCCUUCCCCGCGGUGCCCGCGAGCGAAGCACAGGCUGAUCUCAUACCCCUCCCUGCGUCUUUCCGCAGAAAGACGGAGAAGUUUUUAUCGCAUUCUGGUAUGUACCCCCCAGAGGUCCCCCCAGUUCCAGGGAAAAGUUCCCAGAAAACUCCGAGACCACCUGUGGUCAACACAAGGCCUCGGGUAAACUGCCUCAAAGGGCAAGUGUCUGAUCUUGACCAUGACCAGAGAGGAAGGGUCCCAACCAAUGGGGCGGAGCCUGCGAGGAGCUGGUUUGGCCGCUGCUGCUGCUUCGCUGUCCCUUAUUUAUGUCCCCACAGAAAACGUGGAGGAGUCUGAGGACGCCCAGGUCAGGGACCCCCUGCCCUGUCCCCUCCCUCUGUGUUAUCCAAUAAAGGAGGCCCUGGCUUUCCCUCCCUCCUUCUGCCUCCCCCACAACUCUCCCAGGUCCCUCCACCUCCUCUCAGCCACCUCAUCUCCUUCUGCUUCUCCUGUGACCCUUCCUGCUCAGCCUCUUCCUUCCCGUGACUCCCCUCCUCCUCCAGUGUCCCCUCUGCCCUCCACACACACACUGCAUGUGCGCAUACGCGUCCACACCACCCACACCACACAGCAUACACACAUACCGCACACAGUCACAUGCACACUACACACACACUACAGUGUA